GUUGAAUCAACACCCAUCCCUAAUUUACAUUCAAUAAAUAUCAAUUUUCAAUUACUUUCAUCAAGUGGUUUUAGAAGUGGUGACGCGGUUUGUUCAUAGAUUCCAAUAUGUCGAAAAUCAAGGUAGGUCCAGUUGUUGAUGUGCUUGGAGAUGAAAUGACAAGAAUCAUUUGGGAUCUUAUUAAGGAUAAAUUGAUUUUGCCCUUUUUGGACAUAGAAUUACAUACCUAUGACUUAGGUAUUGAAUACCGUGACAAGACUGAAGACCAAGUAACCAUUGAUUGUGCCAAUGCUAUUAAAAAAUAUAAUGUUGGGAUCAAAUGUGCAACAAUCACCCCUGACGAAAAGAGGGUUGAGGAGUUUAAGCUAAAGAAAAUGUGGAAAAGUCCUAAUGGAACAAUUAGGAACAUUCUCGGUGGAACUGUUUUCAGGGAAGCUAUUAUCUGCAAAAACAUUCCUCGUCUUGUAACUGGGUGGGAGAAACCAAUUAUUAUUGGUCGUCAUGCACAUGCUGAUCAAUACAAAGCAACAGACUUUGUUGUUCCCGGUGAAGGUAAACUGGAGCUUAUCUGGACUCCACCAUCUGGGGAGCCCAUUAAACAUGUGGUAAAUGAUUUCAAGGGUGCUGGAGUUGCUCUUGGAAUGUUCAAUACUGAUGCUUCCAUUGUUGACUUUGCUCACUCUUCAUUUAAAUAUGCUUUAGGUAGAAAAUAUCCUCUUUACCUGAGUACCAAGAAUACUAUUCUCAAGAAGUAUGAUGGUCGUUUCAAGGAUAUCUUCCAAGAAAUUUAUGACAAUGAGUACAAAGCACAAUUCGAGGCUGCGGGUAUCUGGUAUGAACACAGGCUUAUUGAUGAUAUGGUUGCUUAUGCCAUGAAGUCUGAAGGUGGAUUUGUUUGGGCUUGCAAGAAUUAUGAUGGAGAUGUCCAAUCUGAUUCGGUGGCUCAGGGUUAUGGUUCUUUGGGUCUGAUGACAUCAGUUCUGAUAUGUCCGGAUGGCAAAACUGUAGAAGCUGAAGCAGCCCAUGGUACUGUAACUAGACAUUAUCGCUUCUACCAGCAAGGCAAGGAAACCUCGACCAAUCCAAUUGCCUCUAUAUUUGCUUGGACUAAAGGUCUCUUGCACAGAGCUAAGCUUGAUAACAAUGAUGAAUUAAAGAAGUUUGCCGAAACUUUGGAAAGUGUUUGUAUCAAUACCAUUGAAUCUGGAAUUAUGACAAAGGAUCUUGCUAUAUGCAUCAAGGGUAUGAAUAAUGUGAAGAGAUCGGAUUAUUGCGAAACCUUUGAAUUUAUGGACAAAUUGGCUGAAAACCUUAAGAAAAGUUUGGGGAAAUGACUCGUAACAUGUCACAAAAGUAAUUUAUGAAUAUAAUUUUUUAUUUACUUAAUAUAUUUAAUCAAUUUUAUAUGGUGCAAGGAUUUUGAGGGAUUUUCAUUGUAUGUCAUUUGUUUAUAAAAGUAUUAAUAAACAAUACUCAGUGUU